GUUGGUACAAUGGGGCUUAAUAGGGAGUGAGAUAGGGAGUGAAUAGGCUCUCCAUAGACAGGCUCUGGUGAAAUCAUUUGACCAGUUUAUCACGUGACAAAACACCGACGUCUGACAAACUCCGUAUUUUAACAGUAAGCCAAUACAAUGAGGCUGGUCAUUCUGGAGGACUAUGACCUGGCCAGUGAGUGGGCAGCAAAAUACAUCCGCAACAGAAUCAUCCAGUUCAAGCCCUCCGCUGAAAGAUACUUCACUCUGGGCCUACCUACAGGGAGUACUCCCUAUGGCUGUUACCAGAAGUUGAUUGAAUUCUACAGAAGUGGAGAUAUUUCAUUCAAAUAUGUGAAGACCUUCAACAUGGAUGAAUAUGUAGGCCUACCUCGUGCUCAUCCAGAGAGCUAUCACUCCUACAUGUGGAACAACUUUUUCAAGCACAUCGACAUUGAUCCAGCCAACGCUCACAUCCUGGAUGGGAACGCAGAGGACCUGGAGACAGAGUGCCAGGCCUACGAGCAGAAGAUCGCAGAGGCUGGAGGAAUUGAGUUGUUCGUAGGAGGUAUUGGCCCUGAUGGUCACAUAGCGUUCAAUGAGCCCGGUUCCAGCCUUGUUUCCAGGACCAGAGUGAAAACCCUGGCUAAGGAUACCAUUGUGGCCAAUGCUCGUUUCUUUGGCAACGACCUCAACAAGGUUCCCACCAUGGCUCUCACUGUGGGCGUAGGAACUGUCAUGGACGCCAAGGAGGUGAUGAUUCUGAUCACGGGAGCACACAAAGCCUUUGCUCUGUAUAAAGCCAUAGAGGAGGGAGUGAACCACAUGUGGACCGUGUCAGCAUUCCAGCAGCACCCGCGCACCAUCUUUGUCUGCGAUGAAGACGCCACCCUGGAGCUACGGGUCAAAACCGUCAAAUACUUCAAAGGUCCAUCAAGCACUGAUGAUGCAGAAUGACAUCCCCAAAAUCUGUCCAAAGAAUGAGUUUACUGCAUGUUCAUAACAGACUGGUGGACCCGGUGCUCAGCAUAAAGGACCAGUGAAAGGGAGAAGAUCACAGAGUGCGCUGAAGAUGCUACGGACAUGAAAGGGCUGCCUUAUUACUCUGGUACUGUUCCAUAUCUGAGAAGCUGUUGAGCCAGUGUUUGAAUGGCUGUCCUGACCGCAGCAUGUUGCUCAUGCGUAGACCUGAACGGCCUUUGGAUAAUGUCACAGGUAAUUAAUGAUGUAAGGAGAUACUCCCUCUGAGGUUCUUUGUUUAAAGGGAUAGUACCGGUUUACUUUUUUCUAAACACUGCUCCGGGUCUUGGUUGGCCCUCUUCUUUUUCACUCAGUAUGAGAACUUUGAAGGCUAGAUUCAAAGUCAUGACAGUAGACGUAAAGCCUUAAUUUAGUUUGGUGUGCGAAGUGAACCCACACCGUCUCUGUUCUCUGUAAAUGAACCUGUACAGAAUAUAUUUGAUAACUUUUUUUUCCAUCAAUAUUUCAUCCCCCAAUUAGUGAUGGGACAGAGGAAGCAAAUACUGCGUGUUUAUUGGUAAUAUUGGUAACACUUUACUUGAAGGUAUCGACAUAAUCGUGACAUGACACUGUCAUAACUAUGACAUGACACUGCCGUGAACGUGU